AUGAUCAUUUCCAAGGAGAACCGUCGCACCAUCUACGAGAACCUCUUCAAGGAGGGCGUUUUGGUCGCGAAGAAGGAUUUCAAUGCGCCGAAGCACGAGGAGCUGGACGUGCCGAACCUGGAGGUCAUCAAGGCGAUGCAGAGCCUGACGUCCAAGGGCUUCGUCAAGACGCAGUUCUCGUGGCAGUGGUACUACUACGUCCUCACCCCCGAGGGCGUCGAGUACCUCCGCGAGUGGCUCCACCUCCCCGCAGAGGUCGUCCCCGAGACCCACCGCAAGCCCGCGCGCGCACGCCCCGCCGCCACCCGCCCCGGCGGCGACGAGCGCCGCGCACCCCGCGGCGACCGCGACGACUACCGCCGCAGGGACGACGCCGGCAAGGGUGCCGGUGCCCCGGGCGAGUACCGCCCCCAGUUUGCCGGUGUCGGCCGUGGCGGUCCCCGCGAGUAG